AUGACAGCAAUCCUCGUUCUCAUAGAAAGAUGGAAGAUAGAAAGGCCAAAAAAGGAAAAAAGAAAAAGUACUCCUGUAUCACUGCCGCUCACGUUUUUCCGGCGUCGGCGUCGACGUCGCCGGAAUCUGACACACCCCUAUUCAGCAUUUGAGGCAUUUCUUCAUGGCUCUUGGUGGAAGAUUAAGCAUGUGAAAAUCAAAGGAGGGAGUAUUAUUGUGCAAUACGAACACCAUGGACUUGUGGUAGAGGAGAAAGUCACUAUCAGCCACCUUCGAAUAUGUUCAAGAAAAGCAAGUGUGUCUGAUUGCAGAUGCUUCUUGAGGUUCGGUAUGGAUGUGUGUGUAUUUUCAGCCUAUCCAAAUGCAGUAAGUUCAGAUGAAGAAAAUUUACAAACAGCAUGGCAUGACGCUAAAAUAAUUUCGAUUGAGAGGAAGCCUCAUGCAUCUCAAUGCACGUGCCAGUUUUCUGUAAUCUUCUACAGAUAUCAAGACCAGGUUGGCAUGAGAAAGCGGAAGCUUGUAGGUGGUGUUGAAAAAGUUUCAAUUGAUGAUAUUGCCAUCCUUCAAAAGCUCGGCCAGAAAUCUGAUCAAAGCAGACGCUACCAGUGCAGCUUCUCUGAAGACUGCUCUUUUGUAGAUAAAAGCAAACUGCCUGGGGGCAUGUAUAUCUCUGAAAUUUCAUGGUUGCUUGUGCUAUCUUCUUUGAAUGGGAUGGAUUUUGAUAUAAGAUCGAUCGGAAGUAAGAUGGAGUAUCUUAUUGUGAAUGGUGAUCAUGGGCCCUCUGAUGGAGGGGCCGAACAGUCAGUUAAGGAUGAUGAUCAUGCAAGUGAAGACAACAAGUGUAAAAAUCAAGACGUGUUUCCUCUUGGCUCCAAUGCCAAUGUAAAGGUCAUAACUUUCCAGAGAAACAAUGGAAUUUCGCAACCUAUGAUUGAAACUUUUGCUCCUGUGGUUCCAGCAAGUAUCGUUGAGGCAGCUCCCAUUCACGAUCUGUUGGAAACUGACGAGAUGUAUGAUCUUGUAGAGCUGCGACGUUCUAAACGCCGAAGGAUAAUGCCUGAUCGUUACAACGGCUACAGCAGUCUUCCACACACAAAAUGUUUCUCAGCUAGAGAGGUUACACCGAAGGGAGAGGAUGUGUCACCUCAGGCUGAUAAGGACAUUUCAGAACAAGGAACCCAUCCGAAAGAGAAACCUAUUGGGGAAAACGUAGCUCAAAUUAGUAAGGGCAGUUCUGAUAAGAAGUUUCGAGAUACCCAAGACAAGACCCAACUAAGGCAGGGAAAUUCAGGUCCAGCUAACCUGCAGCAAAACCAUCUUUCUGAGAAUCAUGAAAAGGGAACAAGGACCCGUAGAGAAAAAAUGGGAGAUGAAAACAUCCCUAGGGAAGUCCAAGACUCUUUUCAUCCUCAUAAUGGAAACAAGAAGAACCACAUAAUUCAUGGGGACAUUCUAGAUACUAGCCAUCCUACAUGUAGUGAGAACACGUUGGGAUUCUUCGUACGCAACAAUGCUUUUUCAACCCCAAAGAUGACUGAGAAAUGCCCAGACAAGCUGCAUGAUACCAAUCAGGGUGGUCGGCAGGUUGAGGUUCAAGCGAACCAUGUUAACAAAACCGGCAAGAAUUGUCAUAAGCAACACCGAAGCAGAGGCGCUUCAAAAACAAAAACCAAGAAAACACCAGAAACAAAAGAUACAGAGUUACAUUCCAGACAUCGUAAUGUCCCAAAUGCAACAGAAAGUAGAACAAAGCUGAAAAGUUCGAAUACAGAAAUUCAAAGAGAAAAUCGGCCUUCUUUAAAUAGGUCGAAGAAGAAACGUCCACAUAGAAAACAUCAAGGACUAACAGAAUUUUCUUCUCCACAUAAAAAGAGGCGUUGUUCGGAGAGGAAAAGGCAUCUUGAGCCAGGUAUUGAAAAGAGGUAUUGUUCGGAGAGGAAAAGGCAUUGUGAGCCAGGUAUUGACAGGCAAAGAUUCUGCAGCAUGAAUGAGUGGAAACAAAUAAUGGAGAGGCGCAUGCAGAACAUCAAAUGCGAGACAAAGAAACAACACCCAUGUGUUGUUUCUCAAUGGGAAGCAAAUCGAGUGGUGAAUGUGUCGGAUACAUGGUGGGAGUUCAACUGGAUGGCAGAAGUUGAUGAUCCCAUAGAAACUUUAGAGAAUGAAGAUUUGUGGGAAGACAUGGAAAAUUCAAUGGUGGCAUUCAAUUCCCUCAAUGCUCAUCAGGACUCGAGUAUAGAAUCCUCUGAUGUGUUCAGGAAGAGUUCAUGUAAAGGUGACAGGCAGCCAUGCCAACAUGAAUACAAAUUGGAUGAAGAAGUCGGAAUUGUAUGUCUGCUAUGCAAUGUUGUAAAAACUGAAAUAAGAUACGUCUCGCCACCUUUUUUGCAAAAAGAAGUUAUGAUCAGAACUGAGGAUAAAUGUGAUGGAGUGAAGACGGAGUGGGAUGGAAAUUACAAUACUUAUGCCACUAAUGCAGAUCCUUUCCUCAAUGCCACUUCCUUGAAUGAUGUCAAGUUAGAACAUUACAAGAGUGUUUGGGCUCUAAUACCAGACUUCAAGAUGAAAUUGCUUGACCACCAAAAGAAAGCAUUUGAAUUCCUCUGGAAAAACAUUGCUGGAUCUUUGAACCCAAGAGACAUGGAAUGCAUGUCCAAGAAAUGUAGUGGUUGUGUGAUCUCACAUUCUCCUGGAACAGGAAAAACACUGCUAGUAAUCUCAUUCCUCAUAAGCUACUUGAAAUUGUUUCCAAGAAAGCGGCCUCUCAUACUUGCUCCAAAGACCACACUUUAUGCAUGGUACAAAGAGUUCGAGAAGUGGGAUGUAUCCAUUCCGAUUUACCAAAUCCAUGCAGUGAAGCACUACAGAAAUGAGAAGCGGAAAUGCAAAAUCAAAGAAUCUGUGGGGGACCUGAAGCUAAGCGAAGCAAUGAUGCAUCUUACAGAUUGCUUAGAGAAGCUAUGGAAAUGGCAUGAACACCCAAGCAUUCUCCUCAUGAGCUAUUCGUCUUUCUUCUACAUGACGCGUGAAGACUCCAAAGUUGAGCAUCGGAGAUACAUGGCGGGAGUCCUAAGGCAAAGCCCCGGGAUUCUGAUACUUGAUGAGGGGCACAACCCAAGAAGCACGAAAUCCAAGUUGAGGAGAGUGUUGAUGGAAGUAAAGACAGAUUUGAGGAUUUUGCUUUCUGGAACGCUAUUCCAAAACAAUUUUGAAGAGUACUUCAACACCCUUUGCUUGGCGAGACCGGCCUUUAUCUCCGAGAUGGCAAGGGAGUUCAAUCUAAGAAUAACUGUCAAUGGUAGCGGUGGAAGACGAAAAGGAAAGAAGAUCACUAGCAGUCAAACAGAGAUGCUAGCAAGAAGAACUUUUGUAGAGCAAAUUGCAAGAAGUAUCAACUCAAGCAUAGAUGAAGAGAGAAAAUGGGGCCUUAGUGUUUUAAAGAAAAUCACAAAUGUGUUUAUAGACGUCUACAAUGGCGGGACCUUGGAUAGACUUCCGGGCCUGCAAUGCUAUACUCUCCUGAUGAAGUCGACGGAUGUGCAAGAACGGAUUCUAUCGAAGUUAGAUAAAUUAACAACCCGUCGGUGUUGUCUUGAGUUAGAGCUGUUGAUCACUGCUGGAUCAAUUCAUCCAUGGUUGAUAAAAGCAUUCACGUGCGCACGUAAAUACUUCAGCAUGGAUGAGUUGGAGGAGCUCGAGAGAUACAGACACGAUGUCAAGAAAGGUCCGAAGAUGUUGUUUGUUGUCGACCUCAUGCAUCAAUGCAUUGUCAAGCGGGAGAAGGUCUUGAUAUUCUGUCGUAACAUCCCUCCCAUCUAUCUCUUUGUUGAGAUAUUCAAAUCAGUGUUUGGGUGGCAGAAGGACAAGGAAGUGUUGGUGCUUCAAGGCGAUCAGGACCUGAUCACGCGGUCAAAAGUAAUGGACAAGUUCAAAGAAGCUGGUGGUACAUCACGAGUCCUGCUUGCAUCGACAACCGCAUGCGCCGAAGGCAUUAGCCUCACAGCAGCUUCCCGGGUGGUUUUGCUGGACCCAGAGUGGAAUCCGUCCAAGACAAAGCAAGCCAUUGCUCGUGCAUUCCGGCCUGGACAAGAGAGGGUGGUUUAUGUGUACCGGCUGAUGGCGUCAGGGACAUUGGAAGAAGAGAAGUACAAUAGGAAUGAGCUGAAGGAGCGCCAAUCGAGGAUGAUUUUCACAGAUGGGUGUGUUGAGGAUUCUUACAGGAAGACGGAAAACAUCGACGACCAUUUUCUGAGGGAGCUGGUAGAGGCUGAUAGGAAUAAGACAUUUAAGAUGAUCAUGAAGCAUGAGAAGGUUUGCAGCAAUGUGGGGAAAGGAAAUGAAGAGCUGCGCUGAUUGUAUUACAAUGUGGUUUCAUGUAUAUUUUGUCUGUGUAUAAAUACAGUACUUAGUCUGUGUGUUUAUGUUCAAAGGUGUUGUCCGUGUGCAUUUCUCACUGAAAAUUUUUGAUGCAGUGCACUGAUUUUACUAUGU